AUGAAGACUUUCUUUGUCCUUGUUGCCUGCGUGUUGCUAUCUGUCUGCUUGUCUACAGGAGAUAUCGCAGACCCUGAACCUGACCCUGAGCCUGACCCUGCUGCUGACAUUGCAGCUGCCGAUUCAACCUCUUCCUCUACCUCAGAUUCAUCCUCUUCCUCAGCUUCAGAUUCUGCGUCUGAUUCUUCCUCUGCCUCUGACUCUUCCUCAGCCUCAGACUCCUCCUCAGCCUCUGAUUCUUCAUCAGCCUCCGAUUCUUCAUCAGCCUCUGACUCGUCAUCCGCCUCCGACUCUUCCUCAUCCUCAUCAUCAGCAGCUGACACCGCAAGUGCUGAGGAGGUCUUUGUGGAGAAAGACGAGGCCUCUACACACAUGAGGAAGAAGAGAGCCGUAACUGUAGAAUAUACCCCUGCUCAGCUGGAGAGUAUUAGAGAAAUCUGCGAGGUGAACCUGGCAUGUGAACACAUGGCUGAAACCACUGGGAUUGUCGCCGCCUACACUGCUUACUAUGGGCCAGUCCCCUUCUAG